CCGUUGUGAGUCUGCGUAACCCUGCGCAUGCGCAUCAGUCUGGCUCAAUUUAGCAGCUGUAUUUCCUGCUUGCUGCUGUUUCCACUCGAAGCAAUGGCAGAAGUGAAAGCUUCCCUGAUUUGUGGCGUUAUAGCGGCUUUCCUGGCUUCAGCGGUGCUUGCAUUUGUUGAAGAUCUAGAUGACACAUUUAAAGACACCAGAGUGAACGAUGUCUGGCUGGUUGAUUUCUAUGCGCCGUGGUGCGGGUACUGUAAAAAACUAGAACCGGUAUGGCACGAUGUGGGAGUGGAGCUUAAGGGCUCCGGGUCGCCGGUCCGCGUUGGAAAGAUGGAUGCCACGGCUUUCUCUGGAAUGGCGUCAGAGUUCGGUGUUCGUGGUUACCCCACAAUAAAGCUGUUAAAGGGUGACCUCGCCUAUAAUUACAAGGGACCCAGGACAAAAGAUGAUAUCGUAGAGUUCGCCAACAGGGUGGCAGGACCGGCCGUCAGGGCACUUCCCAGCAAGCAGAUGUUCGAGCACAUGAUGAAACGACAUGAUGUGCUCUUUGUGUAUGUCGGAGGGGAGUCUCCGCUGAAAGAGAAGUACCACGACGUAGCCUCUGAGCUCAUUGUCUACACUUAUUUCUUCUCGGCUUCAGAGGAAGUCUUUCCAGAGUCAGUGACUUUGCCAGAGCUUCCUGCGGUUGUAGUCUUUAAAGAUGGGGCCUACUUUACCUACGAUGAGUACGAAGAUGCGAGUUUGUCAUCGUGGGUGAACAAGGAGCGCUUCCAAGGUUACCUUCAGAUUGACGGCUUUACGCUGUAUGAGCUCGGGGAAACAGGCAAAUUGGUGGCGAUUGCAGUCAUCGAUGAGAAGGACCCCGCAGAGGAUAGUGGCAGAUUAAAGACCUUGAUUCAGAGGGUGGCGAAGGAAUACAGAGAACAUUUUAACAGAGACUUCCAGUUUGGCCACAUGGAUGGGAACGACUACAUUAACAGCCUCAUUAUGGGCGAGGUGACGGUGCCUUCCGUUAUCAUCCUCAACACAUCCAACGAGCAGUACUUCCUGCCCAGUGAGCCGAUUGAGACCAUGGAUCAGCUGGUCCAAUUCAUCAACGGUGUUUUGAACGGUUCCGCACAGGCGUAUGGAGGUGAUGGCUUCAUUCAGAGGAUCAAACGUGUGGCCUUUGAUGCCAAAUCCACCAUCAUGUCGGUGUUUCGCAGCUCUCCACUGCUGGGCUGCUUCCUGUUUGGCCUACCGCUGGGUGUAAUUAGCCUGAUGUGCUAUGGUAUCUGCACAGCCGAGUCGGAUGACGGUUCGGAUGACAUGGAUGCGCUCAAGAGGGAGGGCCUGACUGACGAGGAGGAGGAGGAGGAGGAGGAAGAGGAGGAGGAGAGGCAACGCGCCGCUGAGCUGGAGGGCCCCGAAGAGGGCGAGAACGAGGAAGAGGAUGUCGGAGAGAAGGAUCCCGAAGAGAAGAAAACCGAUUAACACAGGGGGCUCCCGCCGGAUAGAGGAUGAUAGGCCUAGGCAAAUGCGGUGACAUGAAACUCAAAGACAUAUCGAUGUAUUACUAUUCUGCUUCUUUGUCUUUCAUAUCACUUCCCCUCGAAGCCCCUCUAGCACGGACUGUUCUCGCGUCUUCUGUGCUUAAGGCCAGCUGCUCAGUGAAGCCAUUGAAUCACGUUACAGAAAUAAAAGCCUUUUUAACGAUGCAGUGUAAACACAUAAUGUUCAAGAGAAGGGGUGACUGUGAACCAAACAAACUACUUAUUUAUUACGAUUCGACCAACCAGUAGUUUAUUCCAUGUGAUGUUUGACCCUUCCCCCUGUCGUUUUUUAACCACCUAUUAUAUCUUCCUUUUUCACAAUUAAUUUUUUUCGUUUUGAUUCCAGUUUACGAUGAUAUCCUUGAAUAGAAGAAAGAAGAUAAAUCUCAUUUUUGUUCGCCUCCUACUCCAGACUCAAAACGAUAGAUUGACAAGCGUAGAAAGCGAAGGAAGUGCCCAAAAAUGAAAAUCUGCCAUAAAUUAAUUGUGCUUUUUUUUUUUGUAUGUUAAUGCCUGGAAAUAUAAAUCUUCUUCUUCUUCUAGGGGUGCUAAGUGCCGAGACAGUCGUGCAUUUCAAUUUAUUUCUCAUGCCAGCUACCUGUUAGUGUCCGUUUUUGAGGAGAGUUGAUGAAAAAAAGCUUGAAUGGUAAUAUAGAAAAUGCACUCUAUUUUUUUCAACACGACCAACCUGCUCAAAAUUCCUAGCAUAGAUGGUUUGUACCUGUACAGCAGACAGCCAUAACAUGCAUCAGUAGUUCCUGCAGCUUUUAACAACUCAUAUUCCUCAGAUAGACUUGCUCUGUCUGUUUCCAUAUUUCAAUCUGUCCUCCAUCACUGGCUGCUAUAUUGAAUUCAGUAGGCAGGUUGAAGUUUAAAUCCCGAUGCACUGAGACGUACACUGAGCCUACAAAAUAUUAAGCCCGUCUUCCUUCUACUUAGUUUCACUGCUUUUUUCAGUUUUAACCCACUAUUGUUAGUUUUCUUAAGGCAUAGAAAUCCAUCGCAAUCCUAUUUUCAUACCCUCAAGACUGAAGUGUAUGUAAUAGCUGAAAUCAAGUAGAGGUUAUGGCUUCCUCUUGGAUUCAAGAGGCCGGACUGUUUUAUGAAAAGAGCAAGUGUUCCUCACAUCUAAUACACCGAGCCUAAUAGCAGUUUUAUGAAAAAUUCUCAGCAGAGUGCACUUUGUUGGUUUCAUUGUCUUUAGCAUACAUUCAAUAUUUGUGACUAAAGAAAGCAAAAGAACGCUCAACAACGCAAGAGUAAUUCUGAGAUGGGAUUUAUAAUCAAUAGCACAUUUUUCAACAACUGUUGUGAGAUUCUCAUGAUUGACUCAUAGGAUUUAAUUAUUUUUCCUAUACAGGGAAUAGCAGAGACAAAAACAACAACCAGGAUGGCAGAUACAAGUAUAAUCAUGUUGGACCCAAUCGCUCAAAAGUUUGACAUUUUUGGAAAUACACUUAUUCACUUUGUUGCCAAAGCAUUAGAUGAGAAAGAUACCACUCGUGUCUGAAGGGAAAAUAUGAAGCUAGUGCCAGCAGCUGCUUAGCUUAGCACAAAGCCAGGCAAUAGGGAGGGGGGGGGGGGGCGCUAGCCUGGUUCUGUCAGAAGAUAAUAACAUCCACCUACAAUACAGCUAUUGAGCCUCCAAAGCUCCCUAAUUAAAAACAUUAUACCUCCUUUUGUUUAAUCUUCUCUUGUUGCCUGGAAACCUCACAGGGAAGACUCCAGGAAGUCACUGCACCCGGCCAGGAUGUAGUUUGUCCUGUAACCCCCAAAGUAACAGCGCAAAAUGUUGUUUUUACUUGUUCUUGUACAGAUUAAACAAACAAAAAUAUAACUUGUUCAUUAGUGAGCUGGUUGCCAAGCUAGCUGUUUCCCCCUGCGUCCAGUCUUUAUGCUAAGCUAAGCUAUCCAGCAGCUGCCUCUAGUCUACAGACAAAGUCAUCUGGUCUCUCUUUGCUUGAGCUUUUAAUCACAUCUCACGUAGUGACAACUGAACCAACUUCUAAAUGGACUUUAAAUUAUGAUUUUUAUUAUAAUUUUCAAAUAGUAAUGAAUGUUUUGAGCUGUUUAAGCCAAUAUUGUGUAAAAGUAAUCCUCACUUCUUACGCCCCACUUGUAACCCUUUUAAAAAAAGUGUAGCUGAGUAAUAAGAGCGCUUCUAGAUUCGUCAUUUCAUCCUGCUUUUGUAGCUCAGUAAAUCGUGUAACUUGAUCAGCUUAGGCUCUUCAACCUAAGCACACCUGUUGUUUUUAAUAUAUAGAGGUUAUCUGUAAUAUUACUGUGAAACUGCACUAAAGGAAACCAUGCCCUCGCCUUGCCUUCUGGUCUUUGUAGUUUGCCUACCAUUCUCUGCCAAACUUCCUCUUUGGGUUGGAAUUGAGAUAGCUACACUUUAUUACAGGUUUGAAAGAUUGAAAUAAAGAUUGUCCUCUUUUUUU